UGUGUCACUGUUGUAGACAUGGCUGCUUCUCUGGAGGGGGGGAGACAGGCAGCUCAUCUGGAUUGCAUUCUGGAGCCUCUGUCCUUUCCUGAGCAGCUCGCCUCCACCUCAUACGACGCCAGUAAAAGAGUCACCUGUUUACUUUGCGCAGAGUCUUCACCAUUAUCAGAGAAGAAUGCACUUCUCAAACACCUUGUCCUCGAACAUAAAGUUGUAAUAGCUGAUGUUAGACUCAUUGCAGACUUCUCACGCUAUAUGCUUUACUGGAGGAAACGAUUUUCAGAGAGUCCCAUUACAGAAUUCUGUAGUGUGAUCAAGACUAAUUCCAUGGGUCCAGUAGGCCAACAGGAAGAAUACUUCCUCCUUUGUGAUGCUCUACCAGAGGAUAGAAUUCUCAGGGAGCAGCUGCAGCAAAGACGGCUGGAGGAGGUGCUUGAACAGCAGCAGAAGGAAAGAGAUGAUUGUAACUUUCAUCGUAUCUGCAUGUUCUGCAAUGAAGAAUUCACAGGGAAUAGGUCCACUCUGCUCAACCACAUGGCCAGAGAACACUCUUUCAGUGUGGGCUUGCCUGACAACAUUGUUUACUGCACGGAGCUCCUUGACACGUUGGAAAGGAAACUUGACAAUUUGCAGUGUCUGUACUGUGAGAAAACCUUUCGAGACAAGACCACCUUGAAAGACCAUAUGAGGAAGAAACAACACCGUAGGAUUAAUGCAAGCAAUAACGACUAUGACCGAUUCUACAUCAUCAAUUAUCUGGAACUUGGAAAAACAUGGGAGGAAGUACAGUCUGAGGAUGACCGGGAAAUCUUAGCAGAAAAUGAUGAUGACUGGUCAGACUGGCAGGCUCAUCCAGUUUGUGCUGUGUGUCUAUUCUGUGAGCAGCAGUCCGAAACCAUGGAGAAAACCUACACACACAUGCAGGAAACACAUGGAUUCAAUCUGCAUCAACUUAAAACACAACUCAAUUUGACAUUUUACCAGCAGGUAAAGCUGGUCAAUUUCAUCCGUCGUGAAAUCCAUCAGUGCCGAUGCUACGCCUGUGAGGAGAAAUGUAGCUCCAAAGCGGAUGUUCUUCUUCACUUAGCAGAUGCUGGUCAUAUCAUGGCCCUCCCAGAGAGGUCCACUUGGGAUCAACCUCAGUAUUACUUCCCCACCUAUGAGAACGAUGCUCUUCUCUGUGCCUUAACCGACAGUGACGAUGAAUCGGAGGAAGCAGAUCAUAGAGGGGGCAUCCCGGUUAUAGCUGAAGAUAUUUCGAACUUGGAGACCUUGAAACAAAGCAGUGUCCUGAAACACUUGCUGAAAGAUCGGAAUGGUCCGUGUUAGGCCUGAUCUCAAAAGAGGGCUCUACCUCUUAGAAUCUGCUUCAUAUGUUGGACUGGCAAUAUUGUAUAUAAUUCUUUUGGUUAAAGCUGUUUGCAAAAAAAACUGAGAAUGUUGUAAAUAUCAAACACCUAAGUGUCUGAAUAGGUUCUGAAUAGGUUUGAGCACAUUUCCCCAUGUGAGCAUACAUAUGACUUUUCCAAAUGUUUUCCAUGUGAUGUUGCUACAGCAAUGUCCAGACAACAAAAUGUUUGUGAAGUCACAUUGUAGGAAUGUGUUUACAAGCACUUUAUUACACUGUCUUUAUUUAGAGCACAAAAGUGCGAGUGCAGUAAUCGCACAGGAAGGCAACUCAGCCUGUUCAGUCAGAUGGAUCUUACUCAGCAACUUUGCCAUAUGGAGGCAGCGCCACAAAUUGCAUGGCAGUUUUGAGUUUUCUAUUUUUGAUCACACCCAAUAAAUAUUUUAGUCGUUAGAAGAUACCCUUAAUUCAUA